UUCUGUAACAAAUCAUGAAAUAAAUUGAGAUUUUUUUAAUGUAAACUAAUUAUUUAACAAAUGAAAAGAUCUACAGUGUACAAAACAUUAAGAACACCUCUUUCCAUGACAGACUAACCAGGUGAAAGCUAUGAUCCCUUAUUGAUGUCACUUGUUAAAUAGUUCAAUCAGUGUAGAUGAAGGGGAGGAGUCAGGUUAAAGAUGAAGGGGAGGAGUCAGGUUAAAGAUGAAGGGGAGGAGUCAGGUUAAAGAUGAAGGGGAGGAGUCAGGUUAAAGAUGAAGGGGAGGAGACAGGUUAAAGAUGAAGGGGAGGAGACAGGUUAAAGAUGAAGGGGAGGAGACAGGUUAAAGAUGAAGGAGAGGAGACAGGUUAAAGAUGAAGGAGAGGAGACAGGUUAAAGAUGAAGGGGAGGAGACAGGUUAAAGAUGAAGGGGAGGAGUCAGGUUAAAGAUGAAGGACAGGAGUCAGGUUAAAGAUGAUGGGGAGGAGUCAGGUUAAAGAUGAAGGGGAGGAGUCAGGUUAAAGAUGAAGGGGAGGAGUCAGGUUAAAGAUGAAGGGGAGGAGACAGGUUAAAGAUGAAGGAGAGGAGACAGGUUAAAGAUGAAGGAGAGGAGACAGGUUAAAGAUGAAGGAGAGGAGACAGGUUGAAGAUGAAGGGGAGGAGUCAGGUUAAAGAUGAAAGGGAGGAGUCAGGUUAAAGAUGAAGGAGAGGAGACAGGUUAAAGGAAGGGGAGGAGUCAGGUUAAAGAUGAAGGGGAGGAGACAGGUUACAGAAGGAUGUUUGAUCUUUGAGACAUGGGUUGUGUGUGUGUGCCAUUCAGAGGGUGAACGGGCAAGACAACAUAUUUAAGUGCUUUUGAAUGGGGUAUGGUAGUAGGUGCCAGGCGCACCGGUUUGUGUCAAGAACUGCAACACUGCUGGGUUCUUCCACGCUCAACAGUUGCCGUGUGUAUCAAGAAUGUUCCACCACCCAAAGGACAUCCAGCCAACUUGACACAGCAGUAGGAAGCAGUGGAGUCAACAUGGACCAGCGUCUCUGUGGAGUUCGUGCCCAAAUGAAUUGAGGCUGUUCUGAGGGCAAAAGUGGUGGCUGGUGGGGGUUCAACUCAAUAUUAGGAAGGUGUCCUUGAUGUUUCGUACACUCAGUUUAUACUGUCUCUCUAAGGUUUAUGUAGAGGUAAUGAUUGUAGAUCGUACACGCACAGAUGAAUAGGCGAAACCCAUAAGAAUGGUUGGUAUUGUACAUCUAUUAAAUGGAACGAAAUGUCUAAUUCCUCCACUCCGCUAGGUGGCAGUAAUGGUAAUGUGGAUAUCUUGACCAAGAAUAGCAGCAGAAGCAGUCACAACUUCCUUUGAUCUGUCUGUUCAGGGUUGCCAUGUUCGCAGUUUUGACAUUUGGCCAACUUUGAAAAUGAUGUCACAGGUGAAAAUGUAUUGGUUGCGGGUUUUUGGGCUACUUCUAAGUUGCACCGCGGUCGCCAUGGCAUUUCUCUUAAAAAAUAAACACUGGCUGUUGACAAACAUUCAGUUGAUAUACAUACAAAUAUUUUAUCCAAUGAUUGAAAUUAAGACCGAUCCUCAGUAGCCCAUCCCAGCAGGUUACAGGGAAACACAAGCACUUCUUACCUCAAAUCACCAAACUAUUCAUGUAGAAUAAAUGAGUAUUAAUUUGAACUAAGCAAUACGCUAAAUUGUUCAGUUUACAUUUUGCCUCGUCUACUGUAGACUAUCUGAAAUUAGAUGUAGGCCUAUCAGGGGCUAUAGGCUACCUGCAUCUAUCUAAGCAAACCAUGGCAACGUUGAAUUACAAUCAUAACCCCAGAUUUUAGUUUGUAGCCUUUGCUUAUUAAAGUGACAAGGCAAUCUCACAAAUGGUCAAUUUAUAACGGUUUGUCAUCUUAACAUCUGGCUUCAUACUAACAGCACAAUUGACAGAAAAUAGCCAAACAUUCAGGUUUAUUUUCUCCAUCCAAAGUGUUUCUCACUCAGAUUUGUAGAUCCUCCGUCCCUGAACAUUGUCCAACUUUUCAUCACUCAAACUCUGUGUAUUGAUCUAUAGUUAUGCACAAAAGUGAUUUAUUUACAAUUAUAACCCGAGUUCGAGCCCUGAAUGCUGGUUGGCUGAACGCUGUGGUAUAUCAGACCAUAUACCAUAUGGGUAUGACAACUUUUACGUUGGUAACCAGUUUAUAAUAGCAAUAAGGCACCCUGGAGGUUUGUAGUAUAUGUCCAAUAAGGUUUUAUCCAGGCACUCUGCGUUGCUUCACGCAUAACACAUUUAGCAUGUAGUUACGUCUAUGUUCCUUGUUAAUAGGCUAAUAACGUUAUGGGAAAAUUGUUUAUUACAACUCAUCUCUUGAUGUGAACUUUUUUUUUGUCCUCGUUCAGGUCUUUUGCGCAGGUUUUUCACAUGACCUGGCAACCCUGUGUAUGGAUAACAGUGUUUAUUACAAACAGGGAUCGUAAUUAUUUUUCAGAGAUAAAUGUAUUCGCUUGUCGGACCAACCCGGAUCACUCAUACUCGCUGAAGAUUGCUGCCUCCGUCUCUGCAGAUGAUGACCAGCUCUGUCUUAUAAGGAGAAGACAAGCCAUCACAGUCACCCAAAUGGCACCAGCCUAGAGCUGUCUUAUAAGGAGAAGACAAGCCAUCACAGUUACCCACAUGGCACCAGCCUAGAGCUGUCUUAUAAGGAGAAGACAAGCCAUCACAAUCACCCACAUGGCACCAGCCUAGAGCUGUCUUAUAAGGAGAAGACAAGCCAUCACAGUUACCCACAUGGCACCAGCCUAGAGCUGUCUUAUAAGGAGAAGACAAGCCAUCACAAUCACCCACAUGGCACCAGCCUAGAGCUGUCUUAUAAGGAGAAGACAAGCCAUCACAGUUACCCACAUGGCACCAGCCUAGAGCUGUCUUAUAAGGAGAAGACAAGCCAUCACAGUUACCCACAUGGCACCAGCCUAGAGCUGUCUUAUAAGGAGAAGACAAGCCAUCACAAUCACCCACAUGGCACCAGCCUAGAGCUAUAAGACCCUGGAAGUUUGAAACAUUUACUGAUAUGAAGGCUGUUAGUUUAACAGAACAAGUUUCUCUGCCCAGGUUAACUACAUCAACUUAAAAUGGAGGAAGGAGAUUCUCUGCAUAGCGUUAACCUGAAUCAACUCAAGAUGGAGGAAGGAGAUUCUCUGCAUAGCGUUAACCUGAAUCAACUCAAGAUGGAGGAAGGAGAUUCUCUGCAUAGCGUUAACCUGAAUCAACUCAAGAUGGAGGAAGGAGAUUCUCUGCAUAGCGUUAACCUGAAUCAACUCAAGAUGGAGGAAGGAGAUUCUCUGCACAGCGUUAACCUGAAUCAACUCAAGAUGGAGGAAGGAGAUUCUCUGCAUAGCGUUAACCUGAAUCAACUCAAGAUGGAGGAAGGAGAUUCUCUGCACAGCGUUAACCUGAAUCAACUCAAGAUGGAGGAAGGAGAUUCUCUGCAUAGCGUUAACCUGAAUCAACUCAAGAUGGAGGAAGGAGAUUCUCUGCAUAGCGUUAACCUGAAUCAACUCAAGAUGGAGGAAGGAGAUUCUCUGCAUAGCGUUAACCUGAAUCAACUCAAGAUGGAGGAAGGAGAUUCUCUGCAUAGCGUUAACCUGAAUCAACUCAAGAUGGAGGAAGGAGAUUCUCUGCACAGCGUUAACCUGAAUCAACUCAAGAUGGAGGAAGGAGAUUCUCUGCACAGCGUUAACCUGAAUCAACUCAAGAUGGAGGAAGGAGAUUCUCUGCACAGCGUUAACCUGAAUCAACUCAAGAUGGAGGAAGGAGAUUCUCUGCACAGCGUUAACCUGAAUCAACUCAAGAUGGAGGAAGGAGAUUCUCUGCAUAGCGUUAACCUGAAUCAACUCAAGAUGGAGGAAGGAGAUUCUCUGCAUAGCGUUAACCUGAAUCAACUCAAAAUGUCCGCUGCUGUUUCUUUACCCAUCUUAAGACUCCACAGACUGACAAAGGAUCAACUGUCUCUCUGUGCUCCCAGACUUAACCAGAACAACCCGAAGAAGAACAACAAACCAGGCAGAAAACCAACGAAGAAGAAAAACACCACCAGCAGAGGAAAGAAACAAUCCACAGGAAAUGGACACAACUCUGCUGACAACAAAAGUGUUUCUAGCCAGGUAUCACUAGUGUCUAGACAUCAGCACUGCCCGAAGGGAAGCAAAAAUAAACCCAAGAUCAUUCUCAAACUCUCCCGCUCCAUCUUGAGGCCUGACGCAGCAAAACAAGAGGUGAAACAAGAGAUGGACGAGCUGCCUAUCGGUACAAGAAGUGAUGAACACUGGUUGAACUCUGUGAAGACAGAGAGCUACGACCCAGAGAUGGGUAACACCAGGGGACCUACAGAGAGCGACCCCAGGACAGAUGCACAUCACCUGGGUAUGAAGAUGAAGGAUGCCCCCCUGUACCACCAGGAUGGAGGGAGGCGGCUGCAGUCGUCUACCGUUCAGCCAUUCAAUCCGGCUGCGUUGCGUUCUGACCUGGAAUGUUGGCCUCACAACCAGAAGGUCCCCAGGUUCCCGUGUCCAGACUGCGGCCAGAAGUUCUUCUCCAAAAUUCAGUUUAAGUUUCAUUCCCGGAGCCACUCACAGUACCGGCCGCACUCCUGUGAGGUGUGUCAUAAAACCUUCUCCCGGAAAGGCAGUCUAGACGAGCACCGACCAAUCCAUGAGGUGGAGCGCCCCUUCGCCUGCCUCCAAUGCGGCAGGACCUUCACGUUCAAAUCCAACCUGACCCGGCACAUGCGGUUCCACAGCGACGCACGGCCCUACGUCUGCCCCCAGUGCGGCCAAAGCUUCAAAAUCUCCGACCACCUGAAGAGCCACAUGACGGCCCACAGCGGGAAUAAACCGUACUUGUGCCCGGAGUGCGGCCAGAGUUUUGUCCGUUACAUUAGUCUGAAGUAUCACCGGCUGAGCCACACCGGCGAGCGCCCGCUGUCCUGCCCAGAGUGUCCCAUGACCUUUGCCCGGCCGCACACCCUUAUGAUCCACCGGCGACAGCACAGCAGGAAAACGCUGUUCUCUUGCCAGGACUGUGGGAAGCAGUUCAACGAGGGGUACCAACUGAAAGACCACGUUACAAUGAAACACACAGGGGAGAAACCAUACAAAUGCUCAGAGUGUGACAAGUGCUUCAUCACUUCGGCGUCUCGUAAAGUGCACAUGGUUGUCCAUACAGGAGAGAAGCCGUACAAAUGCACAGAGUGCUGUAGGAGAUACAGUCAGAGUGGGCAUCUAGCGCAGCACAUGAGGAGACACACAGGGGAGAAACCAUACAAAUGCGCCGAGUGUGACAAGUGCUUCAUCACUUCGGCGUCUCGUAAAGUGCACAUGGUUGUCCACACAGGAGAGAAGCCGUACAAAUGCACAGAGUGCUGUAGGAGCUACAGUCAGAGUGGGUCCCUGAAGAGGCACAAGUGUGAGCAGCAAACCAGGUGAAAGGAACCUCGGGGGCUACGCCCCAAAUGGCACCCUAUUCUCUAAAUUGUGCACUAGGGACCAUAGGAUUCUGGUCAAAAGUAGAGCACUGAAUAGGGUGCCAUUUGGCACACAGCCCCAGUGUUCUGAAUGUAGGAAGUGGAGAGAAGUGGGAAGUGGGUCCUUAAAGCAGUACAGCAGCCACAUAGGUGAGAGGGUUCUCAGGUGUUUUGACGAGGGGAACUGGACUUUGUUCAUACAUACACCUACUGCGUUCCCUAUUCCCUAAUAUAGUGCACUACUUAAUGACCAAAUAAACCUACAGCUCUGAUCAAAAGUAGUGUUGUUUCCCCUCUCCAUGUUACUGUUCCCCCCUCCCCGCGUUACUAUUCCCUCCUCCCCGCGUUACUGUUCCCUCCUCCCCGUGUUACUGUUCCCCCCUCCCCGUGUUACUGUUCCCCCCUCCCCGUGUUACUGUU